UUUCAUUAUUAUUAUUACCUUUUGAUAAUUAAAAAAUUAAAUUUGACACGUGUCAAACAAGAAACGAAAAAAGACAUAAUUUCACAUUUCUCUUUUAAACCAUGGGGUAUGGCAGAGGUAUAGACAUAGGUAUUGUCUUGAAAGUUAUUGAGUUACUUGUACUUAUAGUUGCAAUAGUGCUCUUUUACAUAGAAGAGGAUUAUUACAUGGAUGUCUUAAGUAGUUAUCGAAAAAUGGGCAUGGCUGUACACGAUUCCUUAUGUAUCUGUUGUAGUGCCUAUGUGAUACUUUUAGGCACAAUUAUACUGCUCCAUUUUAUCAAAGGAAUUGAUCAAGAUGAAAAGUUUAUGGGAUACUUAUGUGCAACUGGAGCUAUAUUAUUGGUUGCGUCUGGGGUUUGUGUAUGUAUAAAGUCAGAUCAGCAUUCUGACUUAUUGAUCAGCGGAAUCGUAGGAAUCGUCGGGGCUGUUUUUUUACUUGUUGAUUGUUUAAAAGACUUUAAAGUUUUUUAGUGGGGUUUUAACCGGUAAAAUGUAUUGAAAUUAAUAUCAAUAUACUUACUUACGCCA